AUGGAGAAUAACAACCCUGCCAGCAUUCGGCUGGUAGAUAAUACCUGUUCGCGCGACGAAUCUCCCUCCCAGGCUCCCCUCGCUACGGAGUUAUCUCGAGGUCUAUCGCGACGGCUGACGAGGCCGUCCGUACGAGGGGAACUGGCCAGACGGAAGUAUGCGAAGUGGCAGCCACAUCGACUGGGGAUCACGGAUGACGGGGAACCAGAUACGGAGAGGAGGCCCUCUGAUGGCAGGGAGUUGUCGUUGACGGAUACAGCGACGAAUACGCUGGGAGGGGCGCCGAGUCUCGCGACUACCUACUCUCUUCCGACGAACGAACAGCUCGAUUCCAAUCCGACCGAUUUCGCCCCGUCUACGACCGCUACUGGAGAGCCGGCCGGGAAUGGAAGUGAUGGCCCUGAGGGGGCCGGGUCGGGGUCAGGGUCGGGGUCUAGGUCCGGAUCGAGGGUUGAGGCUGGGUCGGGGUCAGGCCUCAGGUCACAUCCGGUUGGACUCAAACCCGGCACCGAUCUGGAUAUUCUCUACGAGAACCAGCGGGGGUGGUUCCUGUGCGGGAUACCGCUAUACUCGCACCACUCGCUGCUAAACUUCGACCCGGCCACCUGGGUGACGUACGAUUUUCGAGACAGCCCUGUGGACAUCACCAAUGCGCAGCUACCGGAUCCUAGCUGGGAGUGGGCGUGGCGAAGAUGGUACGUGGAUAUGUCGGGGGACGUGGACGACCAGGGGUGGCAGUACUCGUCCUCGUUCAGUUCGUCGGCCUGGCAUGGAUCUCAUCCGUGGUUUCAUUCGUUUGUGCGAAGACGCCGGUGGGUGAGACUGCGGGUGAAGCGGGUGUCAGAGAGGAGUCGUCGUGAGCGAACAGGGUUGGAAAUGGCCCAUAUGCUCAACGACGAUUAUUUCACCAUCCACACGGGGAAGAAAACGAAGAGGGCGUCCAGCUCGGAGCGCGCGUCGGGCGCCACCUCGGGGUACCUGAGUCGAGCGACCACCAAGGUCGAGGAGGCUCCUUUGGAGGAGAUUGGAAAUAUUCCCAGUUUGAUGCAUGCCUUGAAGACGGCGAUCGUGGACCGCGAGAAGAUCGACGCGUUGAGACGAUUUGUCGAGGAAGGCGGUCCUGAGUUGUAUUAUUUGGAAGGACAGAUCCCCGAGAUCAUGCCCAUGUUCGUCUUCCAGGCCUCGCGAUGGCAGGUCCUCACACACUUGGUCGGCAUCGUCGACGAGCUGUCCCAGAAGAUACCCAAUGUCGGGGAACGAGAAGCCGAGGAACUCCGCCACCAGAAGGAGUACCUCAGCAAGGCGGCAGACAGUGCACGACAUCACCUCCGAGGACCCGAAGUCGUCAGUGCUCGACGCCGAUCAUCGGCGCCAGAGAUGCUGGAUUUGACGCCCGGACCGAAGAAGAAAGGCCUACUGUCUAGGUAUUUAGGGAAGUUUUCGUUCAAACCCAUGGAUGAUGGAGGACCUAUUAAAGGCAUACCAAAGGAAGCAGAAAUUGGCAAGGAGGGUCAUAUUUAUCAAUAUUCGUCUUGA